AUGAAGACCGUACCGCACAAGAACCUUGCAUUGCCAUGUGAUCAUAAGCAGACCAUGGUGCUUCCCCUGCUGUGGUACACUGCGGCUACUUGCCACGUCCCUGACUCAGUGGUGUCGGAAAUUGAAGACAUUGCCCUCGACUUUGUAUAUGGCCGACUCCACAAGCAAGGGCUCGUCGCAAACCACCUCCCCAAGACUUGGCUACACCGGCCGUGCUCUCAAGGCGGCCUAGGCAUGCCAAACAUUGCCACCAGCAUCAAUUUGCCCGGGUUCCGCACCAUGGUCAACGUUCUUGCACUACAAGGCGCGUCAACUACCGUUUUGCCUUAG